AUCGUCAGUGGUCAAGAUCACACACGUGUGACAUCAUUUUUUUCCUUUCGCCUUCAUUCUGUAUCAUGACCAAUGCCAUGGGGCGAACCAGAUCCAAGAGACCGGUUGUCCCGUUGAAAUCGAAACUGAGGAAAGACCCGGGAGUUCCCCGUCUACCUGACCUCAAAGCCAAAAAUGCAGCCAAGCAGCGUCUCAACGGUCCAAAGCCACCGCCGCAACGACCAGACGAUGACUUGAUAAUGGCCUCGGAACCGACACUAUCAUCACUAGCGCGCCUUGCUUGUGAAAUUGCAGAUGUCGCUCAAGAUCCGUCGUCAUCCACAAGCGGUAGCAAGACCAAGGAACAGAUGCGCAAGCAUUACGUGCGCACGUUGCACAAAGUCAUCGAUGAGAGCGAUAUUAUCAUCCUCGUGUUGGAUGCGCGCGACCCAGAGGGAUGCCGGAGCCGAUUGGUAGAGGAAGAGGUACGGAGGCGCGAGAGCGAGGGCAAGAAGCUGGUCUUUGUUCUCAACAAAGUGGAUCUCAUUCCAAAAGACAAUGCCCAGCUUUGGCUCAAGCAUCUACGCCAUUCUACGCCCACGCUCCCUUUUCUGUCUCCCAGCUCGGCUCAGCACCAACGGACGAAUAUCUCUUCUGGAACCGCACCUGCAUUAAUAAGACUCCUGAAGGCCUACAAGCCCAAAGCGAGUAGCGUUACUAUCGGUGUUGUGGGCUACCCUAAUGUUGGGAAGAGCAGUCUAAUCAACAGCUUAAAACGAAGCAAGGCAUGCGCCGUGGCCGCUCAACCGGGUCACACGAAGGAACUACAGUCGGUGCAGCUAGAGCGUGGCAUGCGCAUUGUUGAUUCUCCCGGAGUUGUAUUCGAUGAGGACGACUUGGUAGACAAGGGGCAGAAGAAAGGAAGCGUGCUGCUACGGAACGUGGUCAAAGUGGAGGACGUCGAUGAUCCUAUCGCUGUUGUGGAAGAGAUUCUUUCACGAACUGCGAGAGAAAGUAUACAGAGGAUAUACGAUCUACCGGACUUCUCUGAGACUCUAGAGUUCCUGACCAUGCUAGCGCUCAAGAGCGGAAGACUAUUCAAGGGCGGCACACCAGAUCUUCUCUCCGCAGCUCGUCAAGUUUUAACCGACUGGAACCAUCAGAAGAUCCCGUACUUGAGCGUUCCUCCCACCAUCCACCCCUCUUUAAUACCCUCCACAAUUAAUGCGACAACUAUCGCACCAGGCGCCGAAAAUGUCGGUCAAGCCCAAAUUGUCAACACUUUCUCUAAACCCUUCGAACUCGAAGGUCUGUUCGGCGCGGCCGAUGCGGGGGCUUUUGGAGAUGAUGUGAACAUGGAACGAGAGGACGAUGCGGAUGAGAUGUUCUGGGACGCCAACGAGUCGUUCGAUAUGCAGACAGACGAGACGCCCGGAAGCAGAAGACAGUCGCUCAAGCGGCCGCGCUCUCCGUCUCCUCAGCCGCCAACGCCCAAUGCCAUGCAGAUCACGGACUCGGAGCGCGAAAAGAACGUGCGCCAGCCGAAACGGCAGCGCAAAUCCAAGUUGGUUCCGUCGUAUGACGAGCCCCCGGAUGACCACGUGUUGCAGAGGAUGGGAAAGAGCAAUCCCAUGAACAGGAGGGUUCUCAAGCAGGAAAAGAAGAGGGAGCGCAAGCUACAACGAUUAAAGGACAGGGCUGUCGCUGCUGCACGAGGAGGGGGCAUGGAGAUAGACGGUGAGGAUCUCCAGUUUACGUUCAUGGCAUGAAAUCGCCGUGUUGUGUAUGAUUAUUGUAUUAGACUUAUGCAUGUACAUAUAACUUAGUGUGGUCUAUAUUCUGUUACACGAUGGUGUGACUGUUCAGCCAUCGCUCGUAAUUGAAGGUGAUAGGGAGCGGUUCUUUCCUUCCCU